UGUGCCUCCCUCUCACCUCUUCCCACACCACCUCAUCUCCUCCAUAACUACCUCACCUCCUUUUUUUUGUUUGUUUUUUGAGACAGGGUCUCCUUCUGUGGCCCAGGCUGGAGUGCAGUGGUGCCAUCACAGCUCACUGCGGCCUCUACCUCCGAGGCUCAAGUGAUCCUCCCACCUCAGCCUCCCCAGUAGCUGGGACCACAAGCAGCGCCACCAGGCCCGGCUGUUUUACUUUUUAUUUUGUGGAGAAAGGGUCUCCCUAUGUUGCCCAGGCUGGUCUCGAACUCCUGGGCUCAAGCGAUGCUCCCGCCCUGGCCUCCGGAAGCGCUGGGAUUAGAGGCGUGAGCCUCCGCGCCGGGCCUCCCCGCUUCCCCUCCGCCGCCGCCUUCUCAUCGCCCUUCCUCCUUCCUCCUGACGCCUCUUACUCCCGAUCACCUCUCAUUCAUUCACCAGCUUCCAGUCCUCGCUCCCUCACCUCUUUUCUUUCCUACUCGCCUUCUCCUCUUGCCCCUUUAUCAUCUCUCCUUGUCACCGUUCUUUUUUGCCAAUCCUCUCGUUCCCCUUCCUUUCCUCCUCCUCAUCUCCUCUCUUACCCACGUCAUCUCCAUUCUCGUGCUCCCCUUCACCUCCUGUUACCUUGCGCUUCUCUCCUCUCAUCUCCAUCACCACCUCUCCCCGCUUUCGCCUUUCUUUAGCCCCCGCGUCCCCUAUACCCUUCGCCCAUGCCCGCACCCCUCCCCACCUUCUCUUCUUCCUCCCUCCACCCUCGCCUUCUGUCUCUCGCCCACCUGACUCCGCUCCGCCCCCAGCCUUAGGCUCCGCCCCGCUGGGGGUCACGGGGCCGACGGACGCUAGGCGGCCGUAGAGGCCUCGCCAGUCACGUGGUCACGUGACGCGCUCCAACAUGGCGGCGCCGUGGGGCCGAGGUGUCGCUUCCUGACGGGGCGGCGCGGACGGACGCGGCCGGUGCCGGCCGGGACGCCGGCCCCGCAGCCUAGCUCGCCAUCUCGCUCACGCCGCCCGCCCGCGGGGCUGUCAGCCCCCUCCGGGCCGGGGCCAUGCAGGAGAGCCAGACCAAGAGCAUGUUCGUGUCCCGGGCCCUGGAGAAGAUCUUAGCCGACAAGGAGGUGAAGCGGCCCCAGCACUCCCAGCUGCGCAGGGCCUGCCAGGUGGCGCUCGAUGAAAUUAAAGCAGAAAUAGAAAAGCAGAGGCUUGGCACUGCUGCACCACCAAAGGCAAACUUCAUUGAAGCUGACAAGUAUUUUCUUCCAUUCGAGCUAGCUUGCCAGUCCAAGUCCCCAAGGGUAGUCAGCACAUCCCUUGACUGCUUGCAGAAACUCAUCGCAUACGGGCACAUCACUGGCAACGCCCCUGACAGUGGAGCCCCUGGGAAGCGGCUGAUCGACAGAAUUGUUGAAACCAUUUGCAAUUGUUUUCAGGGCCCUCAGACUGAUGAAGGGGUUCAGUUACAAAUAAUUAAGGCUCUUCUGACUGCAGUGACUUCCCCACACAUUGAAAUUCAUGAGGGUACUAUCCUGCAGACAGUGAGAACAUGUUACAAUAUCUAUUUGGCCAGCAAAAAUCUCAUCAAUCAAACCACUGCCAAGGCUACCCUUACUCAGAUGCUGAACGUCAUUUUCACCCGCAUGGAAAACCAAGUGUUGCAGGAGGCCAGAGAACUGGAAAAACCAAUCCAGUCAAAACCCCAGUCCCCUGUGAUCCAAGCUGCAGCAGUAUCCCCAAAGUUCGUUCGUUUGAAGCACAGUCAGGCACAAAGCAAACCAACAACUCCUGAAAAAACAGAUUUAACCAACGGUGAACAUGCCAGGAGUGACUCUGGAAAAGUAAGCACAGAAAAUGGAGACGCGCCCAGAGAAAGAGGCUCAUCACUGUCAGGGACUGAUGACGGAGCCCAGGAGGUGGUGAAGGACAUCUUGGAAGAUGUAGUCACAUCUGCCAUUAAAGAAGCAGCGGAAAAGCAUGGUCUGACAGAACCUGAGAGAGUUCUAGGUGAACUGGAGUGCCAGGAAUGUGCUAUUCCCCCAGGAGUUGAUGAAAACUCACAGACCAACGGGAUAGCCGAUGACAGGCAGUCCUUGUCGUCAGCAGAUAAUCUGGAAUCGGAUGCACAAGGACAUCAAGUGGCUGCCAGGUUCUCCCACGUUCUGCAGAAGGAUGCCUUCCUUGUGUUCCGCUCCCUGUGCAAGCUGUCCAUGAAACCCCUUGGUGAAGGCCCUCCAGACCCAAAAUCCCAUGAGCUGCGUUCCAAGGUGGUUUCCCUGCAGCUGCUCCUCUCUGUGUUGCAAAAUGCUGGCCCCGUAUUCAGGACUCACGAGAUGUUCAUCAAUGCAAUCAAGCAAUAUCUCUGUGUGGCCUUGUCCAAAAACGGCGUCUCUUCAGUGCCUGAUGUCUUUGAGCUCUCUCUUGCCAUUUUUCUUACUCUUCUUUCAAACUUUAAAAUGCACUUGAAAAUGCAGAUAGAGGUCUUUUUCAAAGAGAUUUUCCUGAACAUUUUAGAAACAUCAACAAGUUCUUUUGAGCACAGGUGGAUGGUCAUUCAGACUCUGACGAGGAUCUGUGCAGAUGCCCAGUGUGUUGUGGAUAUUUAUGUCAACUACGACUGUGAUUUAAAUGCUGCUAACAUUUUUGAGCGCCUUGUAAAUGAUUUAUCCAAAAUUGCUCAGGGAAGAAGUGGACAUGAGCUGGGAAUGACACCUCUGCAGGAGCUCAGCCUGAGGAAGAAAGGCCUGGAGUGCCUCGUGUCCAUUCUCAAGUGCAUGGUGGAGUGGAGCAAAGACCUGUAUGUGAAUCCCAACCACCAGACCAGCCUCGGUCAGGAGAGGCUCGCGGAUCAGGAAAUAGGGGAUGGGAAAGGCCUUGACAUGGCAAGACGGUGUAGUGUGACGUCCAUGGAGUCCACAGUGUCCUCGGGGACCCAGACAACUGUUCAGGAUGACCCUGAGCAAUUUGAGGUCAUCAAGCAACAAAAAGAAAUCAUUGAACACGGCAUCGAGCUGUUCAACAAGAAACCCAAGAGGGGGAUCCAGUUUCUCCAGGAGCAGGGCAUGCUGGGAACGUCAGUUGAAGACAUAGCCCAAUUCCUGCACCAGGAGGAGCGCCUGGAUUCCACCCAAGUAGGCGAUUUUCUGGGAGAUAGCACAAGGUUCAACAAGGAGGUGAUGUAUGCCUACGUGGACCAACUUGACUUCUGUGAAAAAGAAUUUGUCUCAGCCCUGCGGACAUUCCUAGAAGGUUUCCGCCUACCUGGAGAAGCCCAAAAGAUUGACCGAUUAAUGGAGAAGUUUGCCGCAAGAUACAUAGAGUGCAACCAAGGGCAAACUCUGUUUGCUAGUGCUGACACUGCUUAUGUCCUAGCGUAUUCAAUUAUUAUGCUAACUACAGACUUGCACAGUCCUCAGGUAAAAAAUAAAAUGACGAAAGAGCAGUAUAUUAAAAUGAAUCGGGGUAUCAAUGAUAGUAAAGAUCUGCCAGAAGAGUAUCUCUCAAGCAUCUAUGAAGAGAUAGAAGGCAAGAAAAUUGCAAUGAAAGAAACAAAGGAGCUAACGAUUGCAACCAAAUCUACUAAGCAGAAUGUAGCUAGUGAAAAGCAGCGGCGGCUGCUGUACAACUUAGAGAUGGAGCAAAUGGCUAAAACAGCCAAAGCUCUGAUGGAGGCUGUGAGCCAUGCCAAAGCCCCGUUUACCAGUGCCACUCACCUGGACCACGUCCGGCCAAUGUUCAAACUGGUGUGGACGCCACUGUUGGCAGCCUACAGCAUCGGACUCCAGAACUGUGAUGACACUGAAGUGGCCUCCUUGUGUUUGGAAGGCAUCCGAUGUGCAAUCCGAAUCGCCUGCAUCUUUGGAAUGCAGCUGGAACGAGAUGCCUAUGUUCAGGCUCUUGCUCGCUUCUCCCUGCUCACAGCCAGCUCCAGCAUCACAGAAAUGAAGCAGAAAAACAUCGACACCAUUAAGACGCUUAUCACAGUGGCUCACACCGAUGGCAACUACCUUGGGAAUUCCUGGCAUGAGAUCUUGAAAUGCAUCAGCCAGCUGGAGCUCGCUCAGCUGAUAGGAACCGGUGUGAAGACGCGCUUCCUGUCUGGAUCUGGGCGUGAAAGAGAAGGGAGCCUGAAGGGCCACACAUUGGCAGGAGAAGAGUUCAUGGGCCUUGGCCUCGGUAAUUUGGUGAGUGGCGGAGUGGAUAAAAGACAGAUGGCCAGCUUCCAAGAAUCGGUUGGUGAGACCAGCUCACAGAGUGUGGUUGUAGCUGUGGACAGGAUUUUUACUGGAUCUACCAGACUGGAUGGAAAUGCAAUAGUUGACUUUGUCCGCUGGCUGUGUGCUGUGUCCAUGGAUGAACUGGCUUCCCCCCACCAUCCUCGCAUGUUCAGCUUGCAGAAGAUUGUGGAGAUAUCAUACUACAACAUGAAUCGGAUCCGACUACAGUGGUCUCGAAUAUGGCAUGUGAUUGGAGAUCACUUCAAUAAGGUUGGCUGCAACCCUAAUGAAGAUGUGGCUAUCUUUGCUGUUGACUCAUUAAGGCAACUCUCCAUGAAGUUUCUUGAGAAGGGUGAAUUAGCCAACUUCCGUUUCCAGAAAGAUUUUCUGAGGCCCUUUGAGCAUAUUAUGAAGAAAAACAGGUCUCCCACCAUCCGGGACAUGGCGAUCCGCUGCAUUGCCCAGAUGGUGAACUCCCAGGCGGCCAACAUCCGCUCAGGCUGGAAGAACAUCUUUGCCGUGUUCCACCAGGCAGCCUCUGAUCAUGAUGGGAACAUUGUGGAGCUGGCCUUCCAGACCACUUGCCACAUUGUCACAACUAUUUUCCAGCACCAUUUUCCUGCAGCCAUCGAUUCCUUUCAGGAUGCUGUGAAGUGCUUAUCAGAGUUCGCCUGCAACGCCGCUUUCCCUGACACGAGCAUGGAAGCGAUUCGGCUCAUCCGCUUCUGUGGCAAAUACGUCUCUGAGAGGCCUCGGGUGCUACAAGAAUACACAAGUGAUGACAUGAAUGUAGCUCCUGGUGACAGAGUCUGGGUCCGAGGCUGGUUCCCCAUCUUAUUCGAACUCUCCUGCAUCAUUAAUAGAUGCAAGUUAGAUGUACGAACAAGGGGACUCACAGUCAUGUUUGAGAUCAUGAAGAGCUAUGGCCACACCUUUGAAAAGCACUGGUGGCAGGACCUGUUCAGAAUCGUGUUUCGGAUUUUUGACAAUAUGAAACUCCCUGAGCAACUGUCAGAGAAAUCUGAGUGGAUGACAACAACCUGCAAUCACGCACUUUAUGCUAUUUGUGAUGUUUUUACCCAGUUUUAUGAAGCUUUGAAUGAAGUUCUUCUUUCUGAUGUAUUUGCACAGUUGCAGUGGUGUGUCAAACAAGAUAAUGAACAGUUGGCGCGAUCAGGUACAAAUUGCUUAGAAAACUUAGUAAUAUCCAAUGGAGAGAAAUUCAGUGCUGAAGUCUGGGAUGAAACCUGCAACUGUAUGUUGGAUAUUUUCAAAACAACCAUCCCACAUGUUUUGCUGACAUGGAGACCUGUAGGAAUGGAGGAAGAUUCAUCAGAAAAGCAUUUGGAUGUGGAUCUGGACCGCCAGUCUUUAAGCAGCAUAGAUAAAAAUCCCUCUGAGAGAGGACAGAGCCAGCUCUCUAACCCAACAGAUGACAGCUGGAAGGGUAGACCAUACGCAAAUCAGAAACUGUUUGCCAGCCUCCUCAUCAAGUGUGUGGUCCAGUUGGAAUUGAUACAGACCAUUGACAACAUUGUGUUCUACCCUGCGACGAGCAAAAAGGAGGAUGCAGAGCACAUGGUUGCCGCCCAGCAAGACACUCUGGAUGCAGAUAUCCACAUAGAGACGGAGGAUCAGGGCAUGUAUAAGUACAUGUCUUCCCAGCACCUCUUCAAGCUGUUGGACUGUUUGCAGGAAUCCCAUUCAUUCUCAAAGGCCUUCAACUCCAAUUACGAGCAGCGGACUGUCCUGUGGCGAGCAGGUUUUAAGGGCAAGUCUAAACCCAACCUUCUAAAACAAGAAACCAGCAGCCUGGCCUGUUGUUUGAGGAUCCUGUUUCGAAUGUAUGUUGAUGAGAACCGCAGGGAUUCCUGGGAAGAAAUACAGCAGAGACUUUUAACUGUUUGCAGUGAAGCUCUUGCCUAUUUCAUCACUGUGAAUUCUGAGAGCCAUCGGGAGGCCUGGACAAGUCUCUUGUUGUUACUUCUAACUAAAACCCUCAAAAUAAAUGAUGAAAAGUUCAAAGCACAUGCUUCAAUGUACUACCCCUACUUGUGUGAAAUUAUGCAGUUUGACCUGAUCCCUGAGCUCCGAGCAGUUCUGCGGAAGUUCUUCCUACGGAUAGGUGUUGUAUAUAAGAUAUGGAUACCAGAAGAGCCAUCACAGGUACCAGCAGCACUGUCACCAGUGUGGUAGCCCUGGCUGCCCAGGCCAGUGCUGCAGCUCUGCAGAAUGUUCAGCAUGCCAUUUCUGACUGGCACAUCUCGUGAAGGGUCAUAGAAACAAGGAGUUGGCAUCUUGGAUCUCAGAAUGGCCUGGAAACAGAUGGCCUCUACGCUGUUCCAUCACAGUCUCCGACUGAGGCUUAUGGUAUUUCAUUAAACUGUUGCAUACCCAGUUAGCACAGUAGGUGGGGAGUCUGCUUCAUUUCUAUCAUUCCAUUUUUCUGAUUAAACUGUCAAAUCUGUCAUUGCAUAUGCCAUCGUUUUCUAGCAAAAUCCCAUGAUUGGCUAUAAACGUUUUGUAAGAAGUCACUCUCCUUGAAAAUACUGAACAUAGCUGUAUAGGUUUGUGAUUAUUAGAGAAUAUGUUAAUAAAACUUCUUGUAACGGCUAACUGCCACCUAAAAUAUGCUGGGUUUUCUGUUGUUUGAGUGUGUUAGAGAAAUUUGAAUGUUUUUGUCAGUUACGAGUCAGCCGUAAUUAGAUUAGUUUAGGGACAGGUCAGGGUUAGAGAAGAGUUGUUUUUGUGUUUUGUUAAUGUCUGAGUGAUUUUUAAAGUAUUUUACAAAAAGAUAUUGAAAAUUUGGUUGAAGGCAGAGUUUAGUAAUUAAGUUAGAAUUAAGAGUUUUGCGAGGUUAAAAAAAUGUGCCUCGUGGAUCUCCCUGUUUUAGUAACAUGGAGAGAAAAAGUCUACAGGAAAAAGUGAACAAUUUAAUGAAGAUGAUUAGCCUUCCUUGAAAUAAGUAUUUGUGGAUGGGUGUUAAAUUAAAAUUUCCAGAAUACACUGUCCAUCUCACACACUCUGAAAUCUAAUAUAUGAAGUAGUAAUGAAAAUGAAGUAGUAAUUUAACCAGAGUUCAUUUAUCCUUGAAUAAACCUUUUUAUUUUCACCUCAGAAAAGUGAGUGUACUGGCAGUUAGUGUCACUGCUUUGCACAGUCCCCAUUAAAGGACCCUCCAGAGAGGGACAGUAACUGUGCAUGAGAAGCCGCUCCCAUAAGCCUCCUCAGCCAGAUGUCAUGGGUGGAACUGGAGCUGUGUCGGGGCCAGCACAGCUGAACUGUGACAAUGGCAGGCGGUGGCAUGUGCCCAGCACUUCCAUUAAUCUGAGCCUAGGAGUUGAAUUCUUUGGCAGGGUUGGAUUCUGAGGUCCUUAUUAUGUUAAUGAUGGUGCAAUACUCUCACCUGCAGUAGUACUGAGUUCUGCUGCAGCUUGUGUAAAAGCAGGCAGUACACAAGUACGUCCCGAAGCCUGUGAGCAGUAUACGUGGAUGCUCACCCAUGAGAAAGAGCACACACGCCUCAUUCUCUGCCCUCACCCACUGCUCACCUAGAGCAUCGCUGAGCUUAGACAAAGUGUUACACAGAAUGAUUAAAACUUUCAGACUUCUACCUAUGCUCUUUAGUCCUGUAAAUUGGGUUGUAUUGAUGUCAACUCUGGUGCCUUAGAAGUUAGUAGUUUGGGAACCUAUCUGUAAAAUCAGAUGUUUUUUCUUUGUAGAGAAGGAUUUCUGGUGCUUUUGCUUACUAAGAGACCGAUAUUCUUAAGUUGUUUUCUUGUUUUAACAGCCUUGAGAAAUGUUUGGUUUUUGGCCAGCAGAAUUCUUGUCUACUUUUUUCUUUCCCAAAAAGUGUUUUUUAAUUUCUCUACCAAAGAAAAAAUGAGCAGGUUUAGGUUUUUACAUGACUUACAUACAUUAGAUAAAAGGAGCUGUAUAAUUUAGCAGGAAAGGACUAUGGGAGAAUACUUUACGGUGAGUGGAAAAUGUUAGCACAUUUGACUGGUUUGCCCUGGAAUCUACUGUACCUUUACACUGCACCAUGAAACCUACACUCCCUGGUAUCAUAGCGCGUCAUCACCUCAACAAGUCAGUCGUCUCCAUUGAUAUUUGUACAAAAGGUAUACAUGGGGAACACGUGUUCAUUCAUUAAGUCCAUCUUGCGUGCAGCUAUAUCCCUGAUUGGUUAUUUUUCCUUUCCUUCUGAGGUUCUCAUGUCAUUUUCUUCAUUGGAUGUGACUAAAAUUUUUCUGGUGUCUUCUGCCCUCUCUUUAAUUUUGCCUCUUGUGGGGUAGCAGAUGUGUCAGUGCAUUUUAUUACUUGCUGAAACAUUCAGGCUUACAUUUCUUAUUAGUUUAGUAUUUUAAAAGAUUUAAUUUUCUGAAUGAGGCAUUUGAAUUGUACCAGCAAUGGACUUUUAAAAAAUUGGAUGUAAAACCAUUCAGGGUGAUUUUUCUUGUCAGUGGACAGUGACGAACAGAGAUUUGAAAUCCCUUACCUCCAAUAAUAAGCCAUUCAGCCUAAAUUCAUUUUUAUGAAUAAAUCUCUUCUUUCUCAUGGUAAAUGUGGCUUGUGCCACUCAAACACUAGUGAAAGGGUGUGUACAACUGCAACAUCAGGCCAGGACACCAUUUAUUUAACCAAGUAAUGGAGGAGAGUGAAACAUUUUCCAAGGCCUUAUUUCUUUUUCAGAAUGCUUUAAGUGUUGAUUAUAUGUGCUGGGUCUCUAGAGAAGUUUUUAUUUGUUACAAUACUGCUGCUUUGAGCAAUUUUGUUUCUCUUCAUUGUCUGUUAGGGAAAUCACCAGCUUUGGCAUCUUAACAACAAACAGUGGAUGGGUAAUUUUUAUUUCUGAUACGCAUCUUUAGAGUCAAAUAUAUCUUUCCCUGUACUCCUCAUGUACAACCAAAGAACAUACAUUAUGAAAAUUGUAUUAUAAUAUCUGGAAACACAACAUUUUCCUCUGGCAGGUGACUUUUGUACGAAAUGAAAAAAAAAAACCUGUAUUUUUUUUGUUGUUCUUUUGUGAUUAAGGAUAUACAUUUAGUAGUCUUUGUUAUUAAAGGAACCUGCUGAUAAGUACAAGUGUGACCAUCUCAUUCAAAUGUUUGUUGUUAUGAUGCAAAUGGAUAUUGGUUUCAAUAGAAGCUGGAUCCUUAAUACUGCAUUUUCUGAAUUCUGUUUUAAUAUUUGUGUUAAAGUAGACAUAGCUGAACUCACAUGGAAUCCUGGAGUUUUGUUAUCAGCAGCUUUGCAGUUUGGGAAGCAAAGAAACCAAAGCUGAGUGUUUUAAAGAAUGAACAUAUCUGGAAAUCCUUGCUCUCAAAACAAAACAAUAUAAUCUAUCAAAGGUGUUUUACUCAGUGUUCUAAUUUUUAAAAAAUUUUAUCUGCAUAUUUGCAUCAAAUAUUUAUGUGUAAAAUGUAUGUUUUACCUCCUUAAAAUGCCUAAAAGUUAGUUAAUAGUUACUUUGGUUUAAUCUAUACACAAUGAUUAAGUGCAUUUAAUAUUGGUAAUUUAAUGAAAACCAUUCCUUGCCCAAUGGAUGUAUAAAUUUUUGAAAGAAUAAGCAGAAUUAUAUAAUAUGAAAUGCUAUGUAAAGUUUUCUAUGUAAAAAUAUUAUGUAUAAUACUAUUAAAAUAUCCCAUGCUUUGAUCAGGUGGUAAAUCAAUAAAAUUUUAAAAAGUA